AUGUCAAUCCCCGUCGACGUAUCAUCAGCGACACGGUCGCAACCUACAUCGUCGACCGAGUCGAAAGACCCCAUGGACACGACCCCGUCCAAUUCCACCGACCUCUCGACCACGGACAACGUGCAGCUCUCCGAUGCCGCGUUCACAAUCCGCGAAGGCGGCUACGGUUGGGUCAACGUCGUCUGCAGCAUUUUCGUCAACGCCUCCACCUGGGGCGUCAACACCACCUUCGGCGUCUACUUUUCCUACUACCUCCAGAACGACUACUUUCCCGGCGCCACGCCGAUGCGCUAUGCCUACGUGGGCGGUCUCUCCAUUUCGUCCUGCAUGCUGGUUGCUCCCUUCGUCAAUCUGCUCUGGCGCUCGAGUGGCUGGUUUAAGACGCCUCUUUACCUGGGCAUGGUCCUUGUCUCCCUCGGUCAGAUCGGCGCAGGACUGAGUCGGACGUACGUCCAGCUCCUCCUCACCCAAGGCUUUGUGUUCGGCGUAGGUCUGGGACUGGUAAUGAUCCCGACCCAGCCGCUAUUGAGCCAGUGGUUCAAGCGCAAGCUCAGCUAUGCGCAAGGGCUCUCGGCAGCAGGAAGCGGUCUCGGCGGGUUGAUCCUCGCAAACACCACACGCUACCUCAUAUCGCACAAAUCGCUCCAGUACGCACUCAUCUGCAACGGAAUCGUCUCGCUCGUCGUCCUCUUCCCCUGCAUCACACUGAUGAAGUCGACCGAGCCGCAGACGCUUCGCAUCAUCCCAUCGCGCUUCCGCAAAACAACAGAACUGCCACCGACAGCAGCGAGGAUCCGCAAGAACCCGCUCGAGCUCAAAUGGCUCGUCCAUCCAGGGUACGCUUUCGUGCUGCUCUUCGGCGUGUUUUCGAUGGUCGGCUACUUCGUGGCCAUCUAUUCACUCGCUGCGUUCGCGAGCUCCGGUCUGGGCUUGACGCAAGCGCAAGCGUCGACGCUGCUAAGCAUCCUCGCUGCGGCGCAGAUGGUCGGGCGGCCACUGUGCGGAUUCCUGCUGGACUUGGUUGGGCGACAUCCGUGUACGAUCAUCAUCCAGACGUUGGCGGGGCUGACGUGCUUCGCCUUCUGGCUGCCCGCCCGAGGGUUUGGCUUGCUGGUGGUGUUUGCUAUCACACAGGGGCUGUUGGGCGGGACAAUCUGGUCGAGCGUCGCCCCGCUCUCCGCCGAGGUGGUCGGGAUCCGGGAUCUGCCCAGUGCACUAGCGGUCUUCUGGCUCGUCAUGGUCCUCCCAGGUCAAUUCGGCCAACCUAUGGCGAUUGCGCUGAUCAACUACAGUCAGGAUCAUCUGGGGAGAAAGGGUGCGCAGGCGUAUCUCAUUUCCAUUGGAUUCUGCGGCGCUUGUUUCGUGGUCAGUGGUGUAAUGCUGGGCUUCAGUUGGAUGUUUGUCCGGUCGAGAAGUCGGGCUCAGCAGAUGGAGAGUCAGCAGUCCUCAGAGCAACAAACCAUAGAUACCACGACACCGUCGACGGCGACAGCACAAGAAAAGGCGUAG